GCCGCAUCUUUGUCUUAGUCAUGUCUCGGGGAUCCAGCGCGGGGUUUGACAGGCACAUUACCAUCUUCUCACCCGAAGGGCGUCUCUAUCAAGUCGAAUAUGCAUUCAAGGCGAUCAACCAGGGGGGUCUUACAUCAGUGGCUGUCAGAGGAAAAGACUGUGCUGUUGUUGUUACCCAAAGAAAAGUCCCAGACAAGCUGUUGGACAGCAACACAGUAACCCAUUUAUUCCGGAUUACUGAAUCCAUUGGCUGUGUAAUGACCGGAAUGACAGCUGACAGCAGGUCGCAGGUCCAGCGGGCACGUUAUGAGGCUGCAAAUUGGAAGUACAAAUACGGCUAUGAAAUCCCAGUAGAUAUGCUUUGUAAAAGGAUUGCGGAUAUUUCUCAAGUAUACACACAGAAUGCUGAAAUGAGGCCCUUAGGAUGUUGCAUGAUCCUAAUUGGAGUGGAUGAGGAGAAUGGACCACAAGUCUUUAAAUGUGAUCCUGCAGGCUACUAUUGUGGCUUUAAGGCUACCACAGCUGGAGUGAAGCAAACUGAGGCCACCAGCUUCCUAGAAAAGAAAGUAAAGAAGAAAUUGGACUGGACUUAUGAGCAGACUCUUGAGACAGCCAUUUCUUGUCUCUCCACGGUACUGUCUAUUGAUUUCAAACCUUCAGAACUGGAGGUGGGAGUCGUCACAGUCGAGGAUCCAAAAUUCAGAGUUCUUACAGAAGCAGAGAUUGAUGUCCACCUUGUUGCACUAGCUGAGCGUGACUAGUCAUCCUACUUUCACCUCUGCCCAGAAAGCUCUUGCCUGGUAAAAUCACCUGUCUUCAUAACACUUUUUGUUUUGUUCUCUACAUAAAUAAAACAGAUUUUUUUCUUUUUGGA